UCCUCCAUUCGUAAAUUUUAACAUUUGACAAUUUAUUUUAUUUUUUGUUGGUAUACUUUUUAUUAUGGGCAUUACCUACUGGUAUGCUUGCGCUGUGCAGCUGCUACUGCUGUUCUCCGUGUACGUCAUCUACUUUCGGCGCACGCAGCUGAGUGGGUUGGAGCCACAGAAACCGUUGCUGGAAAAGCCGCCAGCCAAUCGUUUGGUCAUCUUUGCUGUCGAUGGACUCAACAUGGAGUCAUUCUUCGAACAACGCUGCCGUAAUGUGCCGCAUCUGAAGCAGAUAUUUCUGCAUCAGGGUCUGGUUGGUAUAAGUCGUGCGCGUGUGACUAACAGAUGCGACACUUUUACGACACUUUUCUCUGGCUGCCAUAAGGAUGUCCUGGCAGCAGUGCAUAGAAUACCCAUUGACACAAUCUUCAAUCGGAGCGAUUCCAGCCAUGCCUGGUGCUCAGCGGAGCUGAAGGAGAACUUUCAAGGCGAUAACACCAAAAAAAUCGUCCUGGACGAGUGGACAUUUAGGGCAGUGAAAACUCAUAUUCUAAUAGCAUCCCACCAGAUGCAGAACCUCACCGGUCAGGUAUUCUUUAUCCAGGCGCAGGGCCUUAACCUGCCCAAUUUAUAUCGAACCUAUCAGCAACAAUUGAACUAUACACAACGUGCCAUUUGGGAGACUUACAACAUAAUUGAACGGGCUUUUGAGGAUCAGCGCACUGCAUAUUUGCUGACCUCACGGCAUGUCGGAUCACUAGGGGACAACAAUACCAGCAACAACGGGGAGGUGCAGAUGCCAUUUGUAUUAUGGGGCGCAGGUGUGGCCAACUGCUCGACCCAACCAGGUCGCAGCUUUGUGGCCACUGAAGAGGGACAACGCCUACCGCUGCACGUCCUGGACGCCAAACAGUUGGUCUCAGUGAUGAGUGGUCUAUUGGGUCUGCCGCUCCCAAUGCACAAUCGCGGCCAGCUGCCCGCGGGUCUGCUCAACACCAGUUUCCAUGAAGCACAUGCCACUUACUUGAAUGCGCUACAGUUUGUCAACCUGGCGCAAGCGGCACUAGGCCGACAUCAACGUGGUCUCCUGACCAAGCUCCUACCCAGUCAUAAGCUAAGCGACGUGAAUAUCCACACAUUCGUCAGGACGGCCGAUUCGAUGUGGCAUCAGCAGCGCUACAUCACGCUCACGGAGUACUGCAGUGGUUUCAUGCCCAAGCUUCUGGAGUUGACCGACUACUAUGUCCACUACUAUCGCCAAGCGCUGCUUUGGGCCAGCGCCUGCGCCUUUCUGGCCUGGGUGCAUCAGUUACGUGGCACGAAAUCCGGAUCACAGAAUGUGCUAAAUCUAAUAUUCGAGGCACUGGUGCGCCUGGUGUUCUUUCUGUUAAUCAUAUUUGUGCUGUUGCAGCGUGUGCCCUGGCUUGUUAGUGGUAUCCUCCUGCUGCCGAUGCUCCUUUGGAGCUACAAAGGUGCAUUUCAUGAGGAAUACUUAAUAUCGUAUCGCCAGCUGAUAAUGCUCAUGCUGUUCUCCAUUUGCUGUUUUGCCGGCUUCUUCUUUCGCCGCUUCAUUGGACUCAUCUACUUUGGAUUUGUCUGCUACCAUAAUCGGAUCGCUUUUGCGCAGCGUUCACCAAUCUGUGUCAUCUGGUUUUUGCUUCUUUGUGCUCUCACAGCGCUAUCGUGGCUGCCUCCGGCACUGGGCUAUUGGCAAGGUAAUUGGCUGCUCGGCAGCCUAUUCAUCACCGCAGUGCGUCCGUUUAUUUGCAGCCCGCAGCUGAUAAAGCGGCGAUAUUGCAUUUUCAAUGGCAUGGUACUGCUCCUGGCUGGACUGCACGUCCUCUUCAGCUCGCAGGCGUGUUUACUUCAACUGAUUGCUCGUGCAUUCGCUUGCUAUGUGUUUUUUCCGCGUCAACGACGGGACGGUGCGAAGCAGCUCCUCUUCGAUUUGUGUACACUGUAUGCGUUACUUUCCACGUCCUAUGAACCACUGGUCAUACAACUACUGGCCAUGGAACUACAGUUGCAGCUGCGUCUCAACCAAGGCAUCGGAACAGGCAUCAAUCGGAAAUCCACACUGGCAAUGUAUAUACUAAUUUAUAGCUGCUACUCUUUGUUCGUCAUUGGCAACAUUGAUGCAGUAGAUAAAUUUCGCUUCUACAUGCGAUUCACGGGCUUUGGUUUCUAUUCGACGCUCAUAAAUGGACUUCUGAUCACAAUCAAAAUUUUGUUGCCGAUCUUCCUUUUGCUGUGCAUCAUUUGUGCGAAUUGUAAUAUGGCAUGGCUAAGUCGACGGCACAUCUUCUGUAGGCUGCUCAUCAUGUGCAAUUUUAUGGCGAUAAUUGCUUUAUUUCGAAUACGUUCAGAAAUUAUCUCUUGGCAAGAUUUGGUUCGAGUCAUACAUUUUAUUAUUGUGCAAGGAUUACCAUUUUUAUUGCUGGUACUAUGUCAUCUGGCACACUUUAUGCUGGGCGAUCAUAGAAGAGAAAAUUUUCAACUGCCGAAGUGGAACGUGCCCAUCUAUUAAAGAUGCAUUUUUCAUAAAAUUAU